AUGAAUCUGCUCCAGGCCCAGCAGCACAUUUGCAAAAUGCACCCUCUAAAGCUCAGGCUCUCCCAAAUAUACCCCGGUUUAGAAAUUCCCCCAAUUCCGGAGGCGAUCUCGCCAUUCCUCUCCUUCCUCGGGCUCGGGACCCGCCCGCCGUCCAGGUUUCCACCUCCUCCGCUCAAAAAAAAAAAAGGUUUCCACCUCCUGCGGGGACGCCGGUCGGUCGGGUGGCUCUACAGGCGACGGAGCAAGGGAGCCGCGGCCGGCCACCGCCCAGCGCCGCCGACACCGACCCCACCCGGCGGCCGCUCGCUCUCGGUGCCCCGUCGACCCAAGAGGGGCGGCGCGGUGGCCUGGCUCCCCGACGACCCGCUCGUGGAGAUCCUCUCCCGUGUCCCCGUCAAGUCCCUCUGCCGGUUCAAGUGCGUCUCCAGGGCCUGGCGCGACCUCAUCGCCGACCCCCUCCACCGCCGGAAGCUCCCUCAGACGCUGGAGGGCUUCUUCUGCGGCCUCAGGUUUGAGGACGGUGAGGAUGGAUACGUCGGUGAUGGCUACUGUGGCGGCGGGGGCCACUGGCUUGACUCCGUCUUCAUAGACCUGGUGGGGCGGUCCGCGCCGCUCGUGGACCCUUCCUUCUCCUUCCUGACGAAGAAGCUGUCAGGCAUCAAGAGCGUCAGGAUCCUGCAUUCCUGCAAUGGGCUCCUCCUCCUCGGCACGGCCCGCUUCUAUACAAUUACAUGCCCACGCCGGGCUAUGUGGUGUGCAAUCCGGCCACGCACGAAUGGGUGGCCGUGCCCAGCUCCGGUUGGCUUUGCUCGGGUCCGCCAGAAGGGGAAGAUGAGGACGACGACAAUAGGGAAAUUGGUGAGGAUACCUAUCUGAUCUUCGACCCAGUGGUCUCCUCGCACUUCCAGUUGCUCCAGUUCUUGAUGAAAGCUAGUAUGCUGAGCGAGGUAGGGCUGCGCACCUACUCAUCAGAAACUGGGGUGUGGACUGACAGAUCAGGUGAGCGGAGGAGAUUUGAAGAGGGAGGUGAAAGCCCACAAUUGGGUAGUUUUGGGACCAUAGUGUCCUCGUUGGGCAGCGCCUUUGUUAACGGCAUGCUGCAUUUUGUCAUUGACCAUAUUCAGAAAGAUUUUGACCACAUUCAGAAAGAUCAGGGCCUGAUUGUUGCGGUUGAUUGGGAAGGGAGGACACGCAGGUUCAUCAGCUGGCCGUGGAGUCACAGUUGUUGUGGGUCCGAGGCUGCAUUUCUUGGUCAAUCUCAAGGGCGUCUCCAUUGCAUCAGUGAACAAAUAAAAGGCAACUCUGCACAGAUCACAAUUUGGGUUCUUGAGGACUAUGAUAAAGAAGAAUGGGUCAUGAAGCACAGUGUGAGCUCUUUGCAGCUCUUUGGAGGGCUUGUCAACUUGGACUACACUGUGGUUGCCAUUCAUCCAGAUCGCAAUUUGAUUUUCAUUUCUCACCGGGGCCAAAAGCUGAUAUCUUAUAACAUGGAUAGCAAGGAAGUGAAUGCUCUUAGCACAGUUAGAGAAGACUACGGCAUUACGCCCUAUGUCCCCUAUUUUUCAGAAUCAUCAGUGCUCUCAAAUAAACAUUGAAAGCGCUCCUUGUGUGGGGAUGCAAUGGAUGUUCGACAGGAAGUUCAUAUCCAUGUGUAGAGGAAGUAUCAAUUUGGUUAAAUCUUCUGGAGUCAUGACAUGCAUAUGCUGCUGCUUGGACGUACUCCUUCAUGCUUUUGUUCCAAGUAUUUGUUCAAGCCUGUUGUAUUCUUGAAAUAAAAUAAGUCAACUGAGACAUAAAUGUAGGCUUGCUUUAGAAUUUAGAUUACACAUGCAAGCUCUGAAUGUAUUGAUGUAGCUUCUAGAUUGCUGAACUGCAUGCUCUACCUCAAAAAAUUUGCCUAGUUGAUCACAUUUCCAUGUAUGUUGCUUACUGCCAACUUCUUUACAUAGAGCAGAGCUUCUUGUAUACUCUGAUUGCUGAUUACUAGUGUCUAUUAUAUGCUGUGGAAGACAACUUUAUUA